AUGUCGAGAAAAUCACAAUCACAAAAAAAGAGACAUACCAAACCAUGCAAAUUUUUUCAGUAUAACAAGUGUCCUCAUACAGCUGAUGUGUGCGAUUUCGCCCACGUCAUCGUAAAUCCAGUCAUUUCAUUCCCCAUCGACACCAACUCAGCAUAUUGCCGCUACUAUUAUGCAGGACACUGUGCAAACGGAACGCUUUGUAGAUUUCGACACGGACUUGAAGCGCCGGCCGUUCCAUUUGAUCCUGCAGCAGGAACACCUGAUUGGUCUAGCUCUUCUAUAGAUGCGACAAUCCUAAAAAGCCCUCCAGUUACUGCAACUUAUGCAUCUUUUGCUCAUAGUUGGCCGUACUCUUCUAUGAGUCCCACUAUUUCUCCUCCCCCCGUUUCCCCACUUGGAAAUUCUUCGUUUUCGUUCUCUGCUCGUUCUCGUGACUCCAUCGACACGGUUUCAACUGCGAUUUCAAGCUCGAGCCUGGGAUCUGACGAAAUUGUAACUGAUGAUCCACAAUACCAGGAGCAUCAUCAUUCACAUCAAUCGCAGGUUCGUGUUGCGGAUGAUUCACCGGUUAUUCACGUCCCCCCAUUUCUCCCAAUGCCGUACAUCAAUUCGGCCGGUGGCCUCACCCCAACGCACGGAUAUGAUUUUACGUACAAUGCAAUGCCAGAUAAUAUAAAAGCGAAUACUCCUUUUAAAUCGAGAAGUUCCAAGUCGUCGCUGAAGAACAAGUCACUCAAAUACAAAACAAAGCCAUGCAAAUUCUUCCCAACGGAGCGGGGAUGUCCUAACGGAAAUGCAUGCACGUUUAUACAUGAUGAGCCGAGUCCCAGAGUCCCGACGCCUCCUGCAACCAAAUCGGCCUCGGCGAAGGAAGAUGGUGAAGUGCGGAAAAACUUUGUUCCCAUUCCAUGGCGUGUAAUUGGAGGUGGCGUGCGUGUAGGUAUUCAGAGAAACGAAGACGAAGACGAUCCUGAAUCUGACUCUGAUGAUGCCUACUAUCCUCCGGAACCGCCACUGUCAAAGAAACCCGCCCCGAUAAAGUCAGAUACGACAUAUCGGCCAAGGUCGAAUUCAAUCCCAUCGACUCCUAGCAUUACACAAGUCAAAGUGGAUCACUUGUUCUCCGCAGAGUCUCCAGGAGGGUUGUAA